AUGGAAAUGACACUAACAAUAUGUUUGCUUACGUGUGGCAUCCUGUACAAACGGCGUAUCAUGUAUAUAUUGUUAUCAUGUUCACUUCCCCACAACGUUGACACUCAUCCCAAGUUCCAUGGUCUGUCCUUAUUUGUAGUUGAAAACAAACCUCUGCCGAAAGAAGUUCAGAUGGUUAAACGUUAUCUGCAUGUUUAUUGCUUGGACAGUGAACAUUUCAACAUAUUGAGGCAUUUAAAUGAAUGCUUAGAAUUUAUGGAUGAAGGAAUAAGUGCUGGUGAUUUGGUUCUCGUGCACUGUAACGCCGGCAUGUCGAGGAGUGGGUCAGUGAUGAUUGCAUUUCUAAUGCGCCAGCUCUCGCUGACGUAUCUUGAUGCUUCUGUCUAUGCCAAGAAGAUGAGGCCGCUGAUAAGUCCAAAUCCAGGAUUCGUUGAGCAGUUGAAACUUUUCGAGCAGAUGGGGAAUGUUGUCGACGACGGCAAUGACCUGUACAGGCGAUAUUGCUUGAAUUUAUUUUCAGAAAUGAUCAUCUCAACUCAAAAUUUUUCCAGUUUGGAUGAGAUUUUGUGGGCCGCAGAUCCUGUUGUUAAUCACACGCCGGUGUCGCUGUUUAAAUGUAAAGCCUGCAGGAGGCCUCUGUUUAAACAUUCGAAUCUCAUAAAACAUAACGUGGAAAAUUCAACUGUUAAAAUGAACAAUCAUGUGUCCGAAAUGUCACUGCAAGCUAGGCUCGUUCUCCUGGACAGGUGA